CCGUCCCCGCCGUACGGGCUGCGGGGCUGGGGUAUGAGGGGCCCCGAGGGCUCUCCGAGGGCUCCAGGAGGGGCAGCGAAGGGAAAUUGGGGGAUACUCGGAGAGUCCCGGAGGGCGGGGGGGAUCGGGUCCGCGGGGGCAGCGCUGGGGGCUCUCCGGCGCCCAGAAGCUGCGGGAGCUUUGGAAAUUGCAAGGAGGCUCUUGCAGAGCUUGUGAACCCUCCUCUCCCCAAGCCAGCGCCCCUCCUUCUGCAGUGCUGACGGUACAACGAUAUAAUAAUGAUGGGUGGCUGAGGCUCGCAUUUGAACUUGCAGGCGAGCUCCUUGUGCUCACGGCUCGGUCCAGACUCCGCAGACCGGAGGCAGGUGCUAGCCGGCAGGGAGCGAGGGGAGGCCGAGCGCCGGGAGAAGGGGAGACCCGGGAACCACCGUCCUCUUGAAGCACUAACGAGAGGAUUUACUCUUUCAUGCGGCUGCUGGGAUCUCUGGACUAGCCCUAGCCACCACGCUGUAAUUUUUUGCAGUCUCUGCAGUACGCUACCUUUUAAGGUCAAGAUGUUGUUAAGUAUAAAAACUAUCUUACGGAUGUACUUUGCUUUAGUUAUAAUAUGUAUGCUACCUAAAGUCAAAGCAGAAAAAAACACCAUGAUAAAGGGAUCCCUCUCUGGAACUUCAGUCCUGCCAUGCCUCUUUUCAACCACACCCACCAUAUCUUCCAGCUAUGCAGCUGAGUAUCUUCGAAUCAAAUGGUCAAAGGUUGAACUGGAUAAAAGUGGAAAAGACGCAAAAGAAACCACAGUCCUGGUGGCCCAGAAUGGCAACAUCAAAAUAGGUCAAAGCUACAAAGACAGAGUGUCUGUUCCAACCCAUUCAGAGGAGACUGGUGAUGCUUCACUGACUUUCUCUAAGCUGCGUGCAAGUGAUGCUGGAGUGUAUCGCUGUGAUGUUAUGUAUGGAGUUGAAGACACUCAAGACAUUGUAUCACUGGCUGUUGAGGGUGUUGUAUUUCACUAUCGUGCAGCAACCAGCAGGUAUACUCUGAAUUUUACACAAGCUCAGCAGACUUGUCUGGACAAUGGUGCUGUCAUAGCAAGCCCAGAACAGCUGAAAGCAGCCUACGAAGAUGGAUUUGAGCAAUGUGAUGCUGGCUGGUUGUCUGACCAAACUGUUAGGUACCCAAUUAGACAUCCAAGAAUUGGCUGCUUUGGAGAUAAAAUGGGAAAGAAAGGAGUCAGAACAUAUGGCCGCCGUUUUCCUAAUGAAACUUAUGAUGUGUACUGCUACGUUGAACGCAUGGAAGAUGAAGUGGUUCAUGUCUCAGCCCCUGAGAAGCUCACCUUUGAGGAAGCUAAAGAGCUGUGUCGGAAAAGAGACGGUGUUCUUGCUUCUGUUGGGAACCUGUAUGUGGCCUGGAGAAACGGCUUCGACCAGUGUAACUAUGGCUGGCUGGCGGAUGGCAGCGUUCGUUACCCAGCCUCAGUGGCAAGGCCCCAGUGUGGUGGAGGUUUACUUGGGGUGAGAACCCUGUAUCGCUAUGAGAACCAAACAGGCUUUCCUUAUCCAGAUAGCAAGUUUGAUGCCUACUGCUAUGAACGUAAAAAGGUCAUAACAGAGCCUACAACUGUCAAGCUGAUGACAUCUCUGAAAACUGACUGUGUGAAAUUACCACCUGCCAAAGUUACUCUUAAACCUCCUGUUACUGAGACUUCAAUUAUUGAAGUGACUCUCACCAAAACAGAGGUUCCUGCUUUUGAGGAAACAACCCUAGAGCCUGAAGAAGAUACAGAAAUGACUACUGACAUGGCUGAGGAGAAAAGGGAGAUGGAGGUGCUCAUGGAGAACAUUCAGUUAACCACCCUUCUACCUCAGACUGUCACAGAUGGUGAAAUAAGCACUUACGAUACACUGGGAAGGACUGAAUAUGAUGUUUCACCUGCAGAGAGCACAUCUGCAGCUUUGGAACUGGAGCACACUUACUCUGAAGCAGAAUUGCCCGAGGAACAAGGUAGGUCUGAAAGCAUUGAGGAUGCUUUCUUGACCUCUAUAAUUUUUCAGGAUAUCACAGCUGUAGCUAAGAGUUCCACUGGUUUGUGGGAAGAUACUGAAGCAGGAGAUAAACAAAACCAUGAGGCUGAUAAUCAAACUGAACAAAUAGAAGUGGGUCCCAUGAUGACAGCUACAGAUAGCUUGUUACCAGCUUCUCGGAGAGAGUUUCCCAGGACAGGGACUUCAGUUUCUCUAACAAAAGAGAGUACGUAUCUCGGUGCCCACUCAACAAAAGAACCCACAAAAAAGUCAAUGGAGGCAAAAUCUGACAAGAAAUUUACAACUGUUGUAAUCCCUAAAGCUUUGUUCACUGAUCAGUAUGAUCUCACUACAGAGAGGGAGGGCAGAGAGAGCAUGUACACCAUUAACCCUGAUAGAGUUUCUGGUGUGGUUACUGGUAGCGUCCCAGUAUCAGAUGUGCCUGCUGCAUCAGAGACACUUGCAGAUGAGAAUGCAGUAACCACUGGACAAUUUUCUACAGCAGAUGAGUCAACUCCAUUCAUUAAACUUAGUUCUGCAACAUUGUUUGAUAAUGAUGAGGCAUCAGCUCAAGGAAGCAGAGAGGACCUGAGAGAUGUGCAGGCUACAGUGUCAUCUGGAGUACCUGUAUCCUUUUCUGUGUCAGCUGUUAAUCAAACAGGAUCUGAGGCCAUCACUCUCUUAGGAAGUACUGUUUCCCCAAAAAACCUUGGAGAAGGCACCACAUCUGUUAUCCACUCAUCUCAGCGAACGGAAGGAUCAGCUGCUUUAGAGAAGCAGGAUAAAACAAAGGAGGCAGAAAUGAGAGCAACAGAUGUUAAGAUCACUCAUGCCACAACCAUCAUUCCUACUUCUGUUACAGCAGAAUCUCAGGGACGUGCUGCAAGUGAAAAGUUCACACAGGCUCCUCCAGCUUCUGGCAUGUGGCUGCUGACAGAUAAACAUCAGGGGUAUAUGACAGAAGAGUCUUCUCAUACUGAGAGUACACAUGAGCUAGAUACAGAAGAUGGUAUCUCUGGAAUGGAGAGUACAUCAUCUCCAGGGCAAAUUACAGAGCAUCCAGGAGCUCUGAUUUCAACAGUUAUAGAUGAAACCGAGUCAAGCAUGGAGACAACAGAAGCAAAAAGUGAUGGAGAAGCUGUAUCAGCCAGGUUUGAUCAGAAUAAAUAUAAUACAGGUGUCUCCUACACAAGCAGUUUUUCAGAUUUGGAAACUAUUACAGUAUCCAAACUAUCAGUGGGUGAAAGCAGUGCAACAAUGAAGUCUUUUAGCUCCUCAAGUAUUACUGUAUUACCAACUGCUGCGCCUACAGUCAUGGAGGUAACUGAACAUGAAGCAGAUGAAAUAUCAGGGUAUGUUUUGGAAAUGUCCAUUCCUACCUCAGAAGCUGAACAAAGAGAGGCUACUGUGAUGUUGGUGGCAACACCUACUGAAGAAGUCUUUGCUGAAAUGGAAGUCUCAAAAUACACAGUGACAGAGGAAGGCCAGACAAGCACUGCAAUGUCAACUGAGGAGGCAGCGACAAGACUUCAGGACAGAAAAGGAAUGCCACCAGCUGGCACAGGAGAGACAAAGGAAUUUAUUGUAGUUACAGAUGUAACAGAGGUAGAUACUACAGUUCCACAGAAAGAAUAUGAUGCUUCUCCAGUUCCAGCUACUAUAGAGAGUGAGAACACUAGAGAUAUGCCAGUUGCUACUCAGACUCAUUUUGAUGGCUUCUUUCAUACAGAAGUACCAGAAACAACUGCAAAAGACAGUGAUGUGUUCCCAGAGGACCCCUCCGUGAAAGAUCAAGAUAAGGAAGAAGAUGCUGCCAGAGAGUCUACUUUAUCUGUGACAGCUGUCCAAAUACCAGAACAAAAGACAGCACGAGGAUCAGAAUCCUCUCUAACAUCUGUUCAGGAAAAACAGGAUGAAGCAGGUUCAGCUUAUGAUGAGACACAUCUAGUGACAGAAUUGUCAGUGCCAGCAGUGAAGGUCACAGAUUAUGGAAGAGUUCUGGGACCUGAUGAAACUAGCACCAAGACCUUGCAUCUCACAGUGACUCCAAAAGUUGAAACUGUUACUGAUCAAGAAGAGGAGGUAACUGAAGUGAUGCCUAUAACAGUGGGUACCCAAGCAAAAGCAUAUGAAAGCAGAGGAGCCCCUGCCAGAGAAGUAGACAGUGAUGUAGUGAGCUGGGAAUCUGUGUUGCCCCCCUAUAUGAUGCCAACAGGUCAUUCUACUAGGGAAGCCAUUACUCAUCUAACUUUGGGAUCUUCUCCAAGCCAGACUCUGGAAGGUUCAGGAAUAUCAGAAGAACCUGGGGAAAUCAAGAUAGCUAUAUUUCCAGCUCAUGCAACAGAUAAGGCAACAAUUCUCAGCGAUGUAACAACACCUUCUGUUAGUGCUGUAGACAAAAUUCUACCAACAUCAGCAUCCAAACCUUCUGUUACUCAAAAGUCACCCCGUAUCAUUCCUGAGGAAGAAGAGGAGGUAACAAGCAAUGACAUCAUCAUAAUUGGUGAAUCUAUUUCUCCCAGUAAAGUCCCUGCUGAUGAUGAUCUGACAGGAAAGAUGUUAGAACCAGAAAUUGAUAAGGAAUAUUUCACAGCAUCAACUGCUACUGCAGUCGCACGAGCUACUGCACCACCCAAAGUAAAGGAGACCACAGAGGCUUUACAACCUCGAGAGGUGUCUCCUUCUACUUCACACCCUGAUAGUGGAAAUGACAUAAAAUUGUACGUUAUUCAAAUCAGAGGCAAUGAUACAGAUCAUCCGGUGAAUGAAUUUUUGGAUCUGUUCAGUCACCACAUGCUUCCUCAUGCAGUAGAUGAAUCCCACAUUGAUGCAGAAUCAGCUCAGACUGAGCCCUGUACUUCAGACUCUGUGCAGGAUUCAUCUGAAUAUAUAAUAUUGGAUCCUUUCUUUCCAAACUUUGUAGAGUUUGAAGAAGAGGAAGACUGUGAAAAUACUACUGAUGUUACAACUCCUCCAGCUUUGCAGUUCAUCAAUGGAAAGCAACAAGUUACUAGUCCACCUAAGAGCACAAAAGCUGAGGAAGCGAGAAGUGACCAAAUUGAAAGUGUUGCACAUUCCAAAAAUGUAACCUUUUCUCAAAUCAAUGAAACAAACAAAUUUAUAAUACCUGAAAAUGAAGCAUCUGGUACUAUGCAACCAAGCAAAGCUGGAGAAAUGAUAGGGGCAUUUGAAGUUACACAACCAACAGCAGAUGUUGCAAUGUUAGAACCUGUUUAUAGUGGUGAGUUAGAAGUUGCUACGACUGAUAAAUCAGUAGCCAUUACUACUUCAUAUGUGCAGUCUCUGCAAAAAAAUAAAGAGACUGUAACAUGGCGUGGAACUGAGGAGACAUCUACUAAAGAUACAAAAAACUUGCUUCUGAUUACUAAUGAAUCUUCUGGAGAUGGCUCCAUUGAACCUGAUUUAUCCAGAUCUGUCUUCUCAGAAAUUGUGACAAUGUCAAGAAAGAAAGAUAGCGGAAAAAAUUCUGGCACAACUUCUGUUCCUGCUGUAUUUGCUGUGGAAGGUUCUGUUGUAACUGCUUCUCUGGAUACAGUUUUUAAUACUGCUACAGUAGGCACGGGUAUGAAUGACCUUCUUUCAGAAGAGCCAUCCGCUACUCCAGGAAAUCAUUAUAAAUCAACUAUUAAAUUUGCUCCAAACUCCCCUGUUGAAAGUCUUAUGGAAACAAGCAGUCAUACAGGAAAGCCUGAGAUGGGUGCUGCUUCUUUUAUAGUUCCAGAAGGAUCUGGAGAUGUAGAAAAGGACAUCACUAUAACUUCAGCCAUGACAACAGAAAUGGCAGUAACAGAAGCAUUUUCAAUGCAAGAUAUUUCUUUGGGUUCUGAAACAGUACUGCCAACAGAAAUUUCUAUAACCACUUCAGGAGUCACUUCUGCUUUGCCCAGAGGAAUCAGCACUCUCUAUUCUGCUUUUGAUCAAAGUCCUGAAUUAACUGUUGCCACCAAUUCUGUGUAUGAGUUUAUUACAGAAGAAGUUGCCAGCUCUUUUGUAACUGAAAAGAAUAUAAAAAAUGAAAAAGAAGUGCAAACCACUGUUUAUUCAAGUCAGGAAAACUCAGCUACUGCUGCAGAGGGAAAUUCAGAGUUCAAUGAACUUGGGAGCACUACUAGUGAAGUCAGAACUGUAAGACAAGGCCCCACCCCCCUCAGAAAAACAGUACUGGUAACAGGUACCAUGAGUUCUGAAAUGAAAAAGCUCACCACUAUUCCUCUGUUGAGAGAGAAACAUCUUUUUAUAAAUGAAGGAUCAGCAGAAGAACCAGCAGACAUAUUUUCAGGGGGUCCCACGAGAAAAGUAGAAAGUACUGACUCACCAUUUACUGAGUCAGGUUCUGGAAACAUAGAUGUUAUCAUUGAGUCUGCUACUUUGACUUCAGUUCCAAUAAGAGCUAUCACCGAAACACAAACAGAAAAGCAUGAAGGAAAAGUUUACAGUAUAUAUGACACUUCACUGAAGAACACAACAACAGAAUAUGAAGAACAUGCAAGACCAGAUGAAUCAGCAAUAUCAAUUUCAAGUACUAGGUCAGAUGGCUUGACAAAGAAGCCUGAAGUAACAAGUCAGAUGCCCCAGGAUGUGUUUAGUACAGGAAACCUGGGAGAACAGCAGCAGGAAACAGAACCAGCUUACACAGCUCCUUCUGAAGUAAAAUCUAGUCCUGAGUCUAGAAAAGAGGUAAUAUCUCAUGUUGCAUCAGGAGUUAAAACUGAAGAUUUAGAAACAACUAAGGUCACACCAUCUCCAGAAUCAGUGGUUAGUAACAGCCCUUAUGACAUCAUGGUGACACAUGGUACUGGCAGUGCAGAAGGAGUAGCAGUAUCUACAGAAAGCAGAAAUGCAGAAGUUAGUUCUUCAGCUGUCUCAUUAGGAAAGAUUCUCCUGAUUGAGCACGGCUCUGGAGAAGAAUUCAAAGGUGACAGCAGCACCACAGAACUAAUGUCUAAUGGACCCAUUAAAGAAAUACUUGGAAGUCAUUUCCCAUUUAUUGAUCAGGGAUCUGGGGAAGCAGACACAUUCAGUGAAUCAUUUACAAAACCAGCAGUUUCACCCACUGGGGAACCAGAAACACAAGAAAAGUAUGACAAAAAAGCUGUCAGCACACUACCCAUGAAUCAUGCUUUCACUACUGAACUUGGCAAGCUAGUCACAAGUAUUGAACAUGAAUCAACCACAAUGGAAACUGUAACUGACAUGAGAAUGGAAGAGAAAAAAAUUGAUGAACUGAUAGUGAGAUAUUUUUCUACGAAGACUCCUUUGGUGGAAGAUAUGUAUUCCAGAGAAGGUUUGCCACAGGAAAUUUCAGCAAAAGCUGUAGAACCUUCUGAAGAAGCAACAAUAGACCCUUUAUGUAAAAAUACACAGGCUACCCAUGAACAUACAGGAUUAUUAAAUGUUCCUACUGUAUACAGUCUGUAUUCAGAAGAAAAGGAAUUAGAAACUGAAUCUGUUAAAAAAAACCUUUUGUCAUUUAAUGAUGACAGAGUAACUGAACCUUCAAAGAUUGAAAGGAAAUACAUAAGCUCUCCAGGUACAGAUACAGAGCAAAAGGAGGAGUUGGUACAAAAUAUUUUCCCUAUGAAAGAUAUUCCCAGUUCAUUCCUGACACCCAAAGAAGAAAAGCUAUCAAAUAACGAGCUUAUCGGUGAUGCAUUAUUUUCAGGACAAGGGUCAGGAGAUGACCUUGCUGUUAUUUCUGCUGUAAUGCCAUUAGCUGUCAAAGAAAUUACAAGUACUUUAAGUCCUCAUACUUCUCAUGCUGCAAAUUUGGGACCCAAACUAUCAACUGACAGGACACAAGACUUUGACAGAGGAAGCACUGAAUCAAAUGUUGAUGUUAAUGAAGAAGUUACAAGUCCUGUAGCUGGGCUGUUGGUAAAACCAGAAAACCAGUUUCCCAGCUCAGUGAUCACCAGUUCCCCAGCUUUAGCAGAAGAGAGUUCCAAUAGCUUCACCUCUGAAGAGAUUAAAGAGGUGACACAUUAUUUUGUUGCAACUUCAAAACCCCACGAUAAGGAAGCUAACUAUAAGAAAGGAGAAAAUGAAAUAAGUGGGAGAACAUCUACUUCUAAAGCUGGUUCUCUAGAGAAAACUUUAAAUUUACUGUUUAAACAUAGUGUAACUCCCAUUUCUGUAAUACUGAGUGGAACUCCCAAUCUUGAAACAGAAGGAUCGCUUGUAACCUCAACAACAAAAAUGCCAGGCAGAGUAUUAUCUGAAAGCUCUGGAGAAGGGUCUGGCUGGGUUGGUGAUUUGGAUUCAUUUUCAGAUAUGUUUACUCAUUUGUCAAUACCCCCUGUGUCAAAGGUAGAACUAAAUGCUUCGUCUAGUGCUACUGAGGAAGCUUAUUCUGAAGUUACGACAGAGGCACCAAUAGAUGGACCACAGACUGUCAUCACAGGACUGGCAUCCCUUUUUACAGAAGAUAAAGAGAUUGUGGCAAAUCCAUCUGCUGUUCAAUCAAAGACAGCUGCAUCAGAAGAGCUAACAAGGGAUACUGGGAUAUAUGAGAAAAUUAUCCCAGUGAUUGAUGAUAAAAGAAGUGUUAUAUUGAACAUCUCUGUUUAUGGUGAUAUUACACUAAUUGAAGAAAGACUUCAAAUCCCAUCAGAAGAAACAACUAUUAUAGACAUGGAUCACUCUAAAUCAAUGCCUGAAGAUAUAAUAAGUGUGCAGACAAUGCCAAAUCUUGUUAUACAGUCAACAUAUGGUGGUGAUGAUAGCAUGACAGCUGAAGAGGAGAAAUAUGAAUCAACACCUAAAAUUUUCAUAACCAAAGAGAAGACACUUGGAUCUGAUGAUAGUCUUUCUUCAACUACUUCCAGUCAGCCAAGCAGUGAAUCAAUAACAUCUGGACACAGACCAAAAUCAGAUGACAAGGAUCUAGGUUCAGGGAAUGCAAGGAAGUUUGCGACAGAAACUCUCAUUGCUACUGAACUCUCUGAACUGGGCAUUUUCCUUCCUACAGUGCCAUCACUGGCAAACCAUCAUGUGCUUCAUGAGUCUAAACAUGUUGUAACAAGCACAACAGAUGACAACUACAAGCUGAAUACUUCAGCAAAAAACGAAGUAAUAACAGAUCAAAGUGAAACAGUCUCUGGCUUUUCUGGAAUGGGACAAGAAGAACUGGAUGAUAAGCUGCCUGUGAUUCCUUCUCUUACACCAGUUUUUACUACUGAGGCAGACAGGAUUUUGACAACUGACAUGCUUGAUGUAAGUAUUGUCACCACACAGCGUACAUCCCAGCUGACAACUGCAUCAUCUAGCAAGAAUGACAGAAAACAUCCCACAGUAUACACAAGCACAAAAUCGGCAUCAGUACAGUAUGAAGAAACAGAUUCAGGCUUUUAUUCAGUGCGUCAAACUCCUAAAUCUUCAGUGACUGUUCAGUUGGUUAAUGGAGUAUCUGAGUACUCUGAUGUAAUCAUUCCAAGUACAUCAUCUUCAAAGGAUUCAGAUCAGCCUGAUCAUUCAUCAGCCAGAACUUUCAAAGAGGUCAGUUCUGAUAUUGCAGCAACAUAUAAACCUCCCACCACUGACCUUCUUGACAGGACAGAGUAUCCUCUGCUGGAGUUUUCCCCCAAGCCUGUUUCAGAAAGCACAACUACUGAAAGUACUCCUCACUUUAACAGUUUUGUAACAGACAGGACAGAAGACACAGAAACCUCUAUAACUGAUUUGGCUGUUGAAGAAGAAGCUACUCUUUCUGGAGAUUCUCCAUCAGUACAUGUCUUGCCUACUGCUUUUCUGAAUUUCAGAGAAAGUGUGAGCACAGGUGUUCCAAAUGUUAGCACAGUAAAAGUUGAAGAUUCCUUGGGGAGAGUGGACAAUUCUCAUCAAGAAGAUGACAGAAGUACUGAGAGAGAGAUCCCAUGGCUUUUUUCCACACCUGUUUCAGAUUCAUCCAAUAGCAUUGAAAGUGAUGCAUUUAAGCCUGACCAGGAAGCAGUUACAAUGCUAGCUUCAUCUUCACAGCCUUUGGAUGCAAGCACAGAAAUACAAUCAGCUUUGUCUGAGCAAGAGGAGAUCACAACUGUUUCUUCUAACAUUGCAACAAACAACUUUACCCCUGCAAACAGUCUGUUUCAGAAUGAGCAGUCUACGAUAAGCUUUGAGGAGCCAAACACUAUUGAACUUGUAACUUCAUCAUUUUUCCUUCGGGAAGUCACUAAUGGAUCAGAUUUCCUGGUUGGCACCAGUGUGGGUUCAGUUGAAGGCACAGCAGUGCAAAUUCCAGGCCAAGAUCCAUGCAAAAGCAAUCCCUGCCUUAAUGGUGGUACAUGCUAUCCGCGUGGCUCAUUUUACAUCUGUACAUGUUUGCCAGGUUUCAACGGCGAGCAGUGUGAAUUAGAUAUGGAUGAAUGCCAGUCUAACCCAUGCCGGAAUGGAGCCACGUGUAUAGACGGCCUCAAUACCUUUACUUGCUUGUGUCUGCCAAGCUAUAUAGGUGCUCUUUGUGAACAAGACACAGAGACCUGUGAUUAUGGCUGGCACAAGUUCCAAGGACAGUGCUACAAAUACUUUGCCCAUCGGCGUACGUGGGACACAGCUGAAAGGGAAUGCCGUCUCCAGGGAGCACACUUGACAAGCAUCUUGUCUCAUGAGGAGCAGACCUUUGUGAACCGCAUUGGGCAUGACUACCAGUGGAUUGGCCUCAAUGACAAGAUGUUUGAGCGUGAUUUCCGCUGGACUGAUGGUAGCCCACUGCAAUAUGAGAACUGGAGACCAAACCAGCCAGACAGUUUCUUUUCUGCUGGAGAAGACUGUGUUGUUAUAAUAUGGCAUGAGAAUGGGCAGUGGAAUGAUGUACCAUGCAAUUAUCACCUUACAUAUACCUGCAAGAAAGGAACAGUUGCUUGCGGUCAGCCUCCUGUUGUGGAAAAUGCAAGGACCUUUGGGAAGAUGAAACCCCGUUAUGAGAUCAACUCCCUUAUUAGAUAUCACUGCAAAGAUGGUUUCAUCCAGCGUCAUAUUCCAACCAUUCGGUGUCAAGGAAAUGGAAGAUGGGAUAUGCCUAAAAUUACUUGCAUGAAUCCAUCCACGUACCAAAGGACUUAUUCUAAGAAAUACUACUAUAAACAUUCUUCAUCAGGAAAAGGAACAUUGUCAAAUUCAUCAAAGCACUAUCAUCGCUGGUUCCGGACGUGGCAGGACUCAAGGCGCUGAGAGCGAAAUGGUGAAUGGGGAUCCUCCACCAUUUCAGCCAAAGUCAUAACUUUCUGUGCCUUUUUCUAUCACUUAUUAGGAGUAUUAUCAAAUUGUUUUGAAACUAUGGACUGCGGUAUUCACAAUGCAUUUUGCAAAAACAUGGUGUUUAUCAGAAAAUUAAAAAAUAAAAAAAAAAGGAGAAGUGCUUAUGGGGAUAAAAGGAAACCAUUUCCAGCCUAUAAAGAUAAUAGUUUUCUAUAUACCAUCAGUGUGGACCAUUUUAUGAUAUAUACCAGCCUUCUGCAAUAUUUAAACAGCUCGAUUUUAGCACCAAUGAAAAUGUAAAUAAGAUGAUUUUAAUGUGUUUGAUUGUGUGUUGGUUUUAAAAUCUUGUAUAUAAAAUGAAAAGUCACACUAAUUUCAGGCAUAUUUAUGAUUAGAAGGGCCUCAGAGGUCUUCAGUCAUUUAUGACAUUGUUUUUAUGUUGUUUACCUAGGCUGGAAAUGGUUGAAAUAACUUCACUGACUGAAAUUUGUUGUUAUCAGGUGAAGAUAAACACACAAGUGACAUGAAUUUAUCUUUUUUUUUUUUUUUAAAUGGGAACUGUGCCGAUUCCCAUCCAAGGUACAGUUUGUGUCCAUGUGAUGCAAAGUUUAGGUAGAGCACAUAGAAGUGGUAUGAAGCAUGAAAUAGGGAUUGCAAUGUGGAACAUUUUUUUCCUGCUCUCCGUUCCAGCUUCAACAUUCAUGAAAAAGGACUGCAUGGAGGAGUUGUGUAUGACAAAGCGGGCCUGUAAAAAAUCCAAGUGCUAAUACAUUAACUUUACCAAACACGGCCACUUUUUUAAAAAGAAAGAAAAAAAUGGGGAAAAAAGAAAAUUAGAAAUUACUUUCACGACAUUAACCACAAGGUCUAUAUCACAGGUCUCUGCAUUCUAUAAUGGAGAUAGACCUGGUGUUUGGGGGAUUUUUUUUUUUUUGUAAAAACAAACAAAAAUCAAAAAAGUAAAUAAUUUUGUAUAUAUAACCAUUUUUAAUCUUUUUAUAAAGUAAUGAAUGUUUGUGUAUGAAUGCUGCAGCUGUGAAGCGUACAUAAAUAAAUGAAGUAAGCCAUACUGAUUUAAUUUAUUGGAUGUUUUUUUACCCAUGCAAAGAAGAUUCAAAGAGCUCACUAGUGCAGUAUUGGCCCAUGAGCUCCAGUUUUGGAACUAUCUUUCAGUUCAACUGCUGUUUCCCUGGAGAGCAAAAUUCCUGCUAAACAGGAUCAUUUGUUUGCAGUUGGAUGGGUGAAAACUUGUGUGACCCACAGAAGAAUCAGAAUCUUGGCUUUCUAGAAAGAUGUGUGUGCACAAACAGAUUAUAGGUUUUAGCUGGUGCAGUGUGUACGUAGGACUUCUCUAUUAUGGCUUCUUACCCCAGUCAGCUCGAUGACUGACUUGGAUGUGUACAGUAAGUGUAGAACGUAAUGUUUGAAACGACCUCUCCACAGAAAAGACUGUUAUUUCUGCAAAGUGCCUUGUACACCUUUGGGCACAGGAAAAAAAAAAAAAAAGAAAGAAAAAGAAAAAAAAAGUGAAAAUAAAAGAACAGUAAGUUCCCUAUGAUAUACCUUUUAAAAUAACAUUGCAAAUACAGAACACAUGUGGGAGGUUUACACCUUUGUGUUAGUGUGGGGUUACGAUGCAUAAAAAUUGGAAGGGAAAGGAAAAGAUUUGAAACCCGGCCAACAUGUAAGUGUUUGUACCAGGCACAGCUGCCCAUGGAGUGACCUUGCCACAGCUCAUUGGGAACAGUAAUUACAGUUCCAGAUGACAUCUCUGAAGGAAUUGCAGUGAUCACCCCAUUGAGUGUACUCAACCCUUAUGCACUCAGUGUGGCAGUUCUUGCUGUGUUGGCCGGUUCAUUCCCCACCCCUCACCCCCAAACAAUGCACAUAAUACUUUUCUCUAUUUAUAUUAUUAUCUUGUAUAGUGUAUAAUGUGAAUGUCUGGGUUUUUUGUGAAUGAAAAUCUAAAAUCUUUGUAACUUUUAUAUCUGCUUCUGUUUCACCAAAGAAACAAGGUUUUGCUAUACUGUGACUUGUCUUGUUAUUGCAUGUCUUCCUGUUUAAAUCUAUGCAAUGUGAUUUUUUUCAUAUGAAUACAGUUAGACUGUCAGGUACUUCACAAUUAUCAUGGGCCUAAUCAAGUGCCCACUGGAGUCAAAAGAGAGUCAGCUGGCUGAACUUUAGUAGAUGCUGCGUUUGACUUUAUAUGAGCAGCUCUAGGGGAUAUUUUAAGAUAUACGAUAUUUUAAGAUAUACAUUGUAUGUUUUGAAGUUGAUUAUUGCUUGUAUAAGUCAAGGCUCUUUCAUAAAUAUACAGUAUUCUACACAUCAUUCCCUGUACCAGAAACAUACAGAACAGAAAAUAUAUUUUAACAUUUUGCAAA